ACAUGCUAUAAAGCACUUCCUUUAAUGUGAAUUUCAUUCUCAGCCCUCAGCAGAAUCUCAGGUGCACUGUUGAUAACCUGCACAUCAAAACGAUUGAAAUAAUUGGGGAUCCAGCCGAAUUAGUGUUCAAAAUGGCCACUGGGUUUGGAGCGACUUGCGGGCCAACGCCACUCUACAGGAGUUUCAAUGGCUCACAGUCUGAUGAAGAUCCUAAUGGGGAUGAUGCCUGGAACCCAGAUAGGCUAGUCAAGUGCCCUUAUGACCCUAACCACAUGAUACGUCAGUGCCGCUUUCCAUAUCACGUUCUCAAGUGCAGAAAGAAUCAUCCCGAAUUGGAGUGUGACCUGAGAACCUGCCCUUACAAUGCACGACACAUAGUGCUAAAGGAUGGGCUGUCCCAACACAUGGCCAUCUGUAUUGACAAGCAAGCGGUGGAAGAAGAAAUAGGAGCCAAUUCUGAGCUUCAGAGGAAAUACGCCGUACCAAUCAGCACCAACACUUUACCGUCCAGCGAGGACUGGGAUAAAGAGGAAGAUAGUCACACGCCUCCGUUUGUGUGGGGGGUUACGUCUCAGAUCAGCCCCAGUCCCGAGGUCACAAACAACCUGGUUCCUGGACUGAGGACUCCACACGUUCUCCCAUGGAAAUAAAUGGAGGGAAACGGCAGACGGUGUUUGCAAGUUUGGUUUUAGUUCAAAUGUUCUUAAAUGGAAUGCACAUUUUAAGUUGCUUUAUUGUCGCUCCAUCUUACACGGCAUCCAUCUUAGCGUCUUAGUUUAAUUAGUUUGAGGCAAUAAAUCAUAAUUUGUUUAAA